UUGGAGUUUGGUACAAUGUGCUGUAYUUGAUGAUGAUCCUUUCCAUGCUGACCAAUAGUCUUAUAGUAGGCUUCUCAUCAGAGCAGCUUGCUUCGUGGUGCCCUUGGAUGUACGAGACCAUCGAUGGCGACCAGUUUAUUAAACCAGGAUAUGGAAGAUACGUUGUAGCCAUCGUCUUCAGCUGUGAACAUUUCUUGAUCUUGUGUGCCGUUCUUGCCAAAGUUCUAGUGUCAGACCGACCAAAAUGGGUACGUGUUGCGAUUGAAAGAAAAAACUAUCAGUUGGAAGAGGAACGAAGGACACUUGAGAAGUUGCAAAAACUACAGCUGGGCAAAGAAAUCUUGACGUUUGAUAUUAARGAAGAAAAAGACUCUGGCGAAGGAGUCAUUAAACGGGAUUUCGAGGAAGAUAUGGAAUUUUGAUGGCUUUAAYAAUUGAUAUUUCUACAAUUUUCCGACAGGUUUCUCAGAGUUUUGAUAUUUAUAUAUAAUAGCUACUGGGAAAGAUGAGUAAACAUUUGUAUAACAGAAACACAGUCAGCGCCCGUCGUACAGAGGUAUUCUUAAUUUAAGUAGGUGUGAUCGGUYGGUAUUCGGUAUCACAGAGAUGUUCAAAGGGAAUAUAAUUUAACAAUUUAUGCUGAUUCGUURAACUUAAAUAGGCCUUUUUCGGGACGGGAAGGUGCCGCACCAUGAAAAAAAUUGAGGGGUAAUUGGGCGGGGAACCUUGGCCUCGUUGAUUUAGAGAAAACUGGACGGGGAACACAGACGACUUGAGGCGACUUCCUGGUCCGAAGUAGGYUUCAGAAAUCAGUAAGUUAUUUAUUACUUCUAUUCUUGAUGUUUUGUCAAACUUUACCUUCGCAAUAAAUCAUUUUUAUUGA